AUGGUGCAUCCCGCGACAGCGCCGAAGGAUGCUCCCAAGACAUUCGACUUCAUUGUCGUCGGGGGUGGCACCGCUGGAUGCGUCGUUGCUGGUCGCUUGGCCGAGAACCCCAGGGUCUCUGUGCUGGUCAUUGAGGCGGGUCCCAACAACACCGACGAGAUCCCCGAGAUCUCGACCCCGGCUCGUGCCUUUGAAUUGAGAGGCAGCAAGUACGAUUGGGGCUACAAGACCACCAUGAUCGACCGCCCCGAUUAUACCCGUGUCGAGAAGCCCAACACGCGCGGGAAGAUGCUGGGAGGAUCAAGCGGAGGAAACUACUUCACCUGGGUGCGAGGUAGCGCUGCCACAUUCGACGACUGGGCCGAGUACGGCACCGACGAAUGGAACUGGGAAAAUACCAAGGACUACUUCAACAAGUCAGCCACCUACCACGACGACGAGGGCCUGUAUCCCGCCGCCCUGGCGAAGAUUGGCAACCAAGGCGGUCCGCUGCACAUCUCGCACUCAGACCUCGUCCCGGAGAUCAAGCCCUUCCGCGACGCGCUGGAGAAAGCCUGGGUCAAUAAAGGCCAGGAGUUGACAACUGACGUGUACAGCGGCGUGCAGAAGGGUCUGUUCAAGUGCGUCAACAGCAUCUACAAGGGCAGACGGUCCACGGCCGCCGUCUUCAUCGAGGGCAAGGAGAACGUGACGCUCCUGUCGUCGACCAUCUCCAAGAACCUGGUGCUCGAGAAUGGCAAGGCGGUGGGCAUCACCGUCAUCGGGCCCGACAGCAUGGAAUACACCUUCAACGCCAAGUACGAGGUCGUCGUCUCGCAGGGUGUGUUUGAAUCGCCCAAGUUGCUCAUGCUCUCGGGCAUCGGGCGCAAGGCGGACCUUGAAGCCUUGGGCAUUAGAACGGUCGUCGACUCCCAGCACGUGGGCCAAAACCUGCUGGACCACCCCAUCCUGUCGCACGUCUUCAAGAUGAAGGACGGCUACGGCCUCGAUAGCCACCUCCUCCGCGCCGGACCAGAGAAGGACGGUGCCGUUGCCGCGUACCGCAAGGACCGUACCGGCCCCUACAGCAGCGGAUUGCUCGAGCUGGUUGCCUUCCCUCGCGCGGACGAGUGGUUCAACAACAGCAAAGAAUACCGCGAGUAUAAGGCCAAGAACGGCGGCGUCGACCCCUUCGGCCCGGGCGGCCAGCCGCAUUUUGAGGUCGACUUUGUGCCCAUGUUCUCCGACGCGUUCCAGUGGCACUUCCCCACCCCGCCGCAAGGCGACUAUCUCACCGUGAUCGUUGACCUCAUGCGCCCUCUGUCCCGCAACGGCGAGGUGCGCCUCCAGUCCACCGACCCAGCCGAACAGCCGUACAUCAACCUGAACUUCUUCUCGCACGACCUGGACCUGAUUGCGCUGCGCGAGGGCGUCCGCAUGAUCGACGACAUCGUCAUGCACGGCGACGGCCUCAAGGACAUCAUCGAGGGAGACUAUCCCUGGCCGAUGCCGCGCAACAGCGACGAGGCCAUGAUACGGCAGAUCCUCGAACGGUCGCAGACGGGCUUCCACCCGUGCGGGACGUUGAGGCUGGGGAAGAGCAUCGACCAAGGCGUCGUGGAUCCGAAGCUGCGCGUCUACGGCACCACUGGACUGAGAAUCAUCGACGCGUCCAUCUUCCCCAUCAUUCCGGAUUGUCGGAUUCAGAAUGACGUGUACAUGGUCGCCGAGAAGGGCGCCGACUACAUCAAGGCGGAAUAUCCAGAGCUGUUCACGCAGGCCGGCAAGGGCGAGUAUGACGUGUAG